AUGAUACAUGCUUCAACUGAUACAGGUCGGCCAUCAUCAAUGUCAGUUACGACCGUUGGUGCUACAGGAUAUUCAAGUUCUUGUGUUCCUAAAUCAUCAACAUCGUCAUCUGCUAGUGAUUUUAUGGAACAAGAUUAUUAUCAAAUUCUGGGUGUACAUCGAAAAGCAUCAGAUAGUGAUAUAAUAUCGGCUUAUCAGCAACUUGCUCCUGAAUUUCAUCCGAGUCGAAAUCCAACUGAUUUUAAUGCUCUUAGUAUAUUUAAUGAUCUUGGAGAAGCGUAUGAUGUAUUAAUUGAUAGUAACAAACGCGGUAUUUAUGAUAGAUAUGGUAUUCAAGGUUUAAAAAAUGGUGUACCAAUAGGACCAAACAAUGAAUUGACUGAACAUUAUGUAUUUCAUGGUGAUGGUCAUAAAGUUUUUCAAGAUUUUUUUCGUGAUAAUAAUCCAUAUGAGAAUUUUUAUGCAAGUGCAUAUGCACGUGCUGCUGAACCAGCUGCUCGUGGUCUAAAAAGAAAACAUGAUGCACCAUUAUAUCAUGAUCUUGAAGUUUCACUUGAAAAUUGUUAUCACGGUGGAACGCUUGAUGUUACACUUACACGACGAGUAAUGCUUGUUGAUGGUACAUCAACUACUCCUCAAAAAGUUGUUCCAAUAACCAUUGAGCGUGGCUGUCUACCAGGUACACAAAUAUUGCUUGAAGGUGAAGGUGAUCAAUAUUCAAAUGGUACGUCAUCUGAUCUUAUAAUGGUUAUAAGAGAUCAACGGCAUCCACAUUUUCGUCGUGAAAAUAUUGAUCUUAUUUAUAAAGCUACAAUAAGUUUAGCAGAAGCAUUAACAGGUACAAGAUUAUAUAUUCAACAGCUUGAUGGAAGACAAGUUGAAGUUUCUAUUAAUGAAAUUGUUACACCGGGAUUUAAACAACGUGUAUCAAAUGAAGGUAUGCCAUCAACAUCAAAUCCCGGUACAUAUGGCGAUUUAAUUAUCGAACUUGAAGUUCAAUAUCCAAAUCAAUUAAGUCUAGAAAAAAAAAAUGAUAAAAUAAAUUCUAAUGAUUUAUUAACUAAAUCUAAUAAAUCAUUUAAUUAUGUUAAUCGACCACUUCCUAAUAGCAUUCGAUAUGGAAGAAAAGCACGUUGA